AUGUCACCUCUACAUUUCAUCUCUCAGGCAUCACAGGAGGUGGAGGGCAUCGGAACGGCUCUCAAGGAGAUGAAGGUGGAGACGGUGAAGAUGGAGAAGGAAGGAGACGCUCCGACUGGCGUCGAUUUCCGGCUGGACGCGACGAGGUCUUCGGCUGAAGUACGCGAGGAGGCGUUCAAGGAGGCAGCACAGGAGCUCGGACAGAAGCACAAGGACGUAGAGAAUGAAGAAGUCUUCGCAGGCGACUAUACUCCACCCAACUCGGAAUUCGGCUCGGACAGCGAAGACGACGUCAGCAGCGAGGUGUCGGACGAGACGGACUCGUCUGUUGACUGGGAAGAUGGCAGGGAGGCGGAAGAUGAGGACGAGGAGGAUGUGACUAUGGACGAUGGUGGAGCAGAUCAGGGGGCUGGAGUAGAUGGGGACGCCGGGAAGCAGCCAGCAGUCGAUCCCGCCGAAUCGGUACACCCUACUCCCUCCAUCGACCCCAUCCUCCUCGCAGCCGAUACCCUACUCCGUCACCUCCGUCGCACAAACACAGCAACUCUUACAGCAGCGGUCAAGACGUCUACCGCUCGGGAACGUCGUAUCAGUCGCCUAGACAACCACCUCGACGCGGAGCGGUACGUCUCGCAGCAACUCCGGCGGCUUCUCCGGCGUACCCAGGUCGAGCUGGAAGCGAGCUCCAAGGCAGAGAAGAAGCGGGACGAGGCGGAGAAGGGCAAGCAGCGUGCCGAGAAGGCGCAUAAGGCGGCGGAGGGGAAGCUGGCGAUGAUCAGGGAGGCGCAUGAUAUGGAGAGGGAGAUGUACUUGGCGAAGAUAAAGGGGCUAGUUGGGGAGAAGGAGGCUGAUGAUGGGAUCAUAUAUAUCAGUGACUGA